UCCAGCUGUGCCGCCGCCGCUGCGAGAUGGGGUCGAUCGGGGUCGGGGGUCGGCUCCUGCCCCUGGUGUUGCUCGCGGGGCUCGGGGCCCUGGUGCAAUCUUCGGGGGCCGGGGGCGUCCGGAAGAGGGGGCCGACAGUGACAGCUAAGGUAUUUUUUGAUGUCAGGAUUGGAGACAAAAACAUGGGCAGAAUUGUAAUCGGCUUGUUUGGAAAAGUCGUACCUAAGACAGUGGAGAAUUUCAUUGCCUUAGCAACAGGGGAAAAAGGCUAUGGGUACAAAGGAAGCAAAUUCCAUCGUGUGAUCAAAGACUUCAUGAUUCAGGGAGGUGACUUCACCGCUGGAGAUGGCACUGGAGGUAAGAGUAUCUAUGGAGAAAACUUUCCGGAUGAAAACUUCCGACUCAAACAUUAUGGAAUUGGAUGGGUCAGCAUGGCAAACGCUGGCCCGGACACCAAUGGUUCUCAGUUCUUCAUCACCGUGACAAAGCCUUCCUGGCUGGAUGGCAAACACGUGGUGUUCGGCAAAGUCAUCGAUGGAAUGGCUGUAGUGCACUCCAUAGAACUUCAACAGACCGAUGACCACGAUAGACCUCUUUCCGACUGUGUGAUCGUCAACAGUGGCAAGAUAGCUGUGAAAGAGCCAUUUGUGAUUGAAGUUGAUGACUGGUAGCAGGGUCAGCAGAAGUAGAGAACAACACAAGAUGACUUGAUCUUUCCAGGAGAGACUCUGGUUAGGUAAAGUUUCUCUGGGUGCUCUCCCUCUCCCACCCCCCGUACCACCCAACACACACACCCUCCUUUUCUUCUUUAAGGCCCUGGCAGCUGUUUUUGGAGCAGGGCACCAUAUUUUGUCUUUUUUUUUUUUUAUAAAGCUUUAUAUAGUGUUAUCUUGCACCCCAGACCCAAAGACAUUAGGAAGAAAAAUGACCCCUUGCUGCUCUAAGGAGUUGUGAGCAACUAAUGGCAUUUUCAAGGUCCAUUGUUGGAAACACACAUUCUUGAGACUGAAGAACGGUACAGUAGAACCUUCUGUAAGAAUCUGCAAAGCAUAAUUUCAACAAACUGUGGGGUUUCUCUUACCUAAACCAUUCAUCCCUUUCUGUUUUCUACCACUGCCAGUGGAAGGCAGGUUUGAGGCUACCGAUUGGAGCUUUCGCUCUACCCUAUGUUUAAAGCCUCAAGGAAUUUGAGAACACGUACCCUCCAGCCAGCUGGGAACACAGCAAGGAAGCGUAGCAGCAGGGCAAGAGACAGCCUCAGGUCCCUUACUGACCGAUUUAGAAACUGAUAGCUUGAACAGCCACACCAAGAAGGUAAGUCAACGCUCAGCAUCCUGACGCGGAGACAUGUGGGAAUACACGCUUCCAUCCUUCUGGUGGGCACACAUCUUCACAGAAUACAUGCAGUUCAGGAUAAUGCCAAUAUGAAAAGCAGAAAAACUGACAGAUGCGGACACAGAUCUAGAUGUGACACUUGGUCCUCCAACCAGAUAGAUAUUUUUAUUAGUAUUUUUUUCAAAACUGAAAAAUUUGAGACCUAAGGAUCUUAAUCACCUAUUAUCCAUCGACCUAUUAUGGGAUGCAAGACUGUUUUUUCAAGACCAUAAUUUUAGUAUUAUGAGGUACUGUACUGAUUAGUAUAGACUAAAAUGUAUUCACAGGGAUCUUGUGCUGAAAUAUGCUUUGAUGAUCUAUGUAUAAACAGUAAACAACCUUAUAAAUAAGAGUAAAUAGU